CAGUUAAAGUAUGUAUAAUAUAUGAACAAUUUCUUGAAUUUAAUCAAAUCGAUUGAAACGGUAUUCCAACAAGAAGAAGAGAAAGAAGCAAGAAUAGAAGUUCAACGGAUCUAUCCCUUAAUAACAGAAAAGUUCGAAUGUCCAAUGUGCGGUAAAUAUUAUACCACCAAGAAAUCUUUAAAAACCCACCUGACCAUCGAUUGUCAAAAUCAAGAGCAAUUUCACUGCCCGUUUUGUCCACAAAAACUGAAGCACAAAAGAAGCAUGAUGCGGCAUAUAAACAAUGUACACAGUAAACAAAAAAAUGUAACCUCUGAUAGUAUGUAGAUAUCUGUAAUUAAAUUAAAUAAACAAGUUAUUUAUUG